CUUAGCCAGGAUGGCGACCCAGGACCUCGGUAUGGAUAUGAUAACAAAGCGACCUCGGACCCCUAGGGAUCCAUACACAACGCUAACUGACAUCCAGAUAAAAAAUCUAAAAAAGGACCCACAGGCAUACUUUAUGAACAGCCAGGGUAAAAACAAACCAUAUCCUAUGACAGGAUGGUACCGUGACCGAUACGCCAAGGACAUGAACCAGCACCUUGUACGAGGAAUAUCUAAAUCUCAACCAUAUUGCUAUAUAGACUACCAAUGGAACAGAAGUCCACCAGACCUUCAUAACACAGUCAGGCACGGAGCUGCUGAGCGCUGGGGACCUGAUAAAGUUGGCAUGAGAACUGUACAGCACUUUAAUGGUCCUGAAGAUAACAAUCGGUUUGUCAGUACAGAAUUAUACAGGAGACAGCCCACAAAUGAACCUGGCUUUGUGAGCACAACAUAUGGACGUCCGGGGAAUGGGUACUACUUAUUAAGAAACCCUAAUACGAAAACAUGGUUUGGAUCUACUGUGCCUCUGAAUCGUACUGGAAUUUUAGAAUCAAUACAACCAAAAACAGUCGCGGAAUACGAAGCAAUUCGAAAGUGUGAGCAGGAAUCUAUCGCCCAGAGGAAGGGAAGAUACCCCGUGUAUUCUGAGUACACAGAUAGAUUUGGUUUAAAGACAAAGAUUGAGCCUAUGAUGAACACGCGACAAAGGGUGAAGACCUAUAUAGAGGAAUCUGCAUAAACCAUACAGAGACGUUUUAAUUGGCAUGCUACACUGUGAUAUUACCC